AUGUCCUUCAUGAGCGCAAUUCUGAGAAGCCUGUCGUUCUCUUUUACGAGGCUAGCGCUGUUACAGUACGCAACCGGAAUAUCCGUCUUGCUGGCCGUAGGCAAGAAUGCUGAACCGAUUCUACUCCCGUUCAUUCGUGCUCUUGGGGACGGUUCAGAUGUGCUCCCAGUCCUGCUUAUUGGUCAGCGAGGCGGCAAGUUAUCUUCUGGAUUUCAGGGUCCUGAAAAUACACGUGGCUUUGACUACUUCCCUCGCGACCAUAUCCUUCAUAGUGCAGACCUAUUCAUAUUCAAUGCUGGCUAUGGUGGAGCAGGUCACGUUAUCGGGGAUGGCGGGCCAAUUGCCAUGGUUGGCCACUCGUGGGGGAGGCAGAAGUCGCUGCACGAAUAG